GGGCGGAAACCCAUGAUGGGACCUGUCCAGAUGUGGUCGGGUAUAUUUGGAGACACCCGUUGCUCUGUGACUCAAAGGUGUUUGCAGCCUCUGAACAUGAACAUCAUCAGUGCUUUGUCCAUCUUCGGCCUGCUGCUUGCAGCUGCCAGUGCCCAGAAACCCCAACACUGUGAGUCUCCCCCUCUGAUGAGUGGAGGUGUGUCUGUGCUGGGCAGCAAUGGGCUCUUCGUGUCUACGGGAACAAUCAGCUAUGACGCUUUUGGUCAGAAGAUUCGGGUUAGAAACAUUGGCAUGGUUGGAAAUGAAACCUUCGCUGUGGACCAGCUGAUGCUUUUCAACAAGAAAGUCUAUUAUGAGAUCGACUGGCACAAACUUUCUUGCAAGAAGAGGCGUCUAAGUACAGAUUUCAUUCCCAUGCAAGUGCCUGAUGACUCCCAAUUGAUGGGUCAGGUCGUUGUAGGCUCCUCCUCCUCCUGGGGAAUGGGUGUGCUGGUCAACACCUGGUACGGAAACCUGCCAGGCAACGGCACCUAUAUGAGCGUCUUCACGGAGAUUGGCUGCAUCCCCAUGACCUUCACUGGCUACACACCAACAAGUGGAUGGACCACUGUCAGCACUUUCAACUGGGUACUUGGCAUCACCAAUCCCAUGGACUUCUUCCCGCCUUUCUUCUGUGCCAUGUCUCAGCUGGAGGAUUCCGAGGCACCUGACACCAUGUUCACCGCCUUAGAGUCUCUGGCCAGGAAAACCGAGAACAGGAAGUAGACAUCAGGGGGAAAAGGCAUUCACUAUAUGCAUAGAAUGCCAUUUUACUUUCCCUGCCUUCUCUGCCAUACCUUCAUGCAAUCUGGGAAGGAUUCUACCGGGAUUCUUCACAGCGCCAUCGUCACGGCCAUCUUGAUGUUGUCCAUGUGCUCGAAAUGGGCCCCCCAAUGACCCGCUUGGAAUUGAGGGGAAAAUCACGUCCAGCCAGUUCGGGUAAGUAGGGAGGUAGCUCCAGCACGGCAAUGUUAUCCUCGGCCAGAAACUUAUCAGGUGCAAUGUCACGGUGAAGCAGCCGCCAGUUGUGCUGCCGAAGCUCUCGCCUCUGUUUGCACACUGAAUGAAGCAAGCGAAGGAUCUCUUUGUGGAUGUGCCGGUUGAUCAUCUGGCCCACUUUAAAGGGGAAAACUUGAAAUAUAUCUUUUGAGACA